AUGUCGAAGAGGAAAACCCCGGCUUUAGUCGCAUUCCAAUCCGGAACUCGCCUUUUGGGCGAAGAAGCUUUGGGGAUUACUGCGAGGUAUCCAGAUAAAGUGUAUUCGCAUUUGCGUGAUAUGUUAGGAAAGUCUUAUAAGCAAGUUAAAGAGUUUUUGGAUGCAAUGUAUUUGCCAUACGAUGUUGUAGAGGAUUCAAGAGGGGCGGUUGCUUUUAGGAUUGAGGAUGAGAGUGGGAAUGCAGGUUUGUAUUCGGUUGAGGAGUUGUUGGGUAUGAUUUUGGGGUUCGCAGGGGAUCUGGCGGAGUUUCAUUCGAAGGUUUUGGUUAAGGAUGCAGUUGUUAGUGUGCCGGCGUAUUUUGGGCAGGUUGAAAGGAGAGGGUUGCUUCAGGCGGCCCAGUUGGCUGGGAUUAAUGUGCUUGCUUUGAUUAAUGAGCAUUCUGGUGCUGCUUUGCAGUAUGGGAUUGAUAAGGAUUUUUCUAAUGGUUCGCGGAAUGUUGUGUUUUAUGAUAUGGGUGCAAGUAGUACUUAUGCUGCGCUUGUGCAUUUCUCGGCUUAUAACGCCAAGGAGUUUGGGAAGACUGUGUCCGUCAAUCAAUUUCAGGUUAAGGAUGUUAGAUGGGACCCAGAACUUGGAGGUCAGAGUAUGGAAUCAAGGUUGGUGGAGUUCUUUGCAGAUGAGUUCAAUAAACAAGUUGGGAAUGGGGUUGAUGUGAGGAAGUCUCCCAAGGCAAUGGCUAAAUUGAAGAAACAGGUCAAACGUACAAAAGAGAUCUUGAGUGCAAACACUGCAGCUCCUAUAUCAGUCGAAUCCCUCUAUGAUGAUAUGGACUUCAGGAGCACCAUAACACGUGAGAAGUUUGAAGAGCUCUGUGGAGACUUGUGGGACAGAUCUCUUGUACCUGUCAAGGAAGUUCUGAAGCAUUCCGGUCUAAAGGUGGAUGAGAUAUAUGCAGUGGAGCUUAUAGGAGGUGCUACCAGAGUGCCUAAGUUGCAGGCUAAGCUUCAGGAAUUUCUUGGAAAGAAUGAACUGGACAAACAUCUAGAUGCUGAUGAAGCUAUAGUUCUCGGUUCAUCUCUACAUGCUGCAAAUUUGAGUGAUGGAAUCAAAUUGAAUCGCAAGCUAGGAAUGGUUGAUGGUUCAACAUAUGGAUUGGUGGUUGAAUUAGAAGGGCCUGAUCUGCUAAAAGAUGAGAGCACCAGACAGUUACUCGUGCCAAGGAUGAAAAAGCUCCCUAGUAAGAUGUUCAGAUCCAUCAUCCAUAAGAAAGAUUUUGAAGUUUCACUGGCAUACGAGUCUGAUCUUUUACCACCUGGUGUUACCACUCCUGUAUUUGCUCAGUAUGCUGUAUCUGGUUUGACAGAUGCUAGUGAGAAGUAUUCAUCUCGGAAUUUGUCCUCCCCCAUCAAAGCAAAUCUGCAUUUUUCUCUUAGUAGAAGCGGAAUUCUUUCAUUGGAUCGAGCAGAUGCUGUUAUUGAAAUAUCAGAAUGGGUGGAAGUUCCUAAAAAGAACCUGACUGUGGACAAUACAACAACUACAUCUCAAAAUAUAACACUUGAAACUGACAGUAAGAACACUACAGAAGAAAGUGAUGGAAAUUUGAGUUCUGAUGGUGUGACUGACAACUCAUCCAACAAUAUUGUUGAAGAAGCAAGCACUAGUGAGCCUGUUACAGAGAAGAAGCUGAAAAAGCGGACCUUUAGGGUUCCCCUGAAGAUUGUUGAGAAGACAGUGGGACCUGGAACGCUUCUCUCCAAAGAAUAUCUAGCUGAAGCUAAAAGAAAAUUAGAAGAAUUGAACAAAAAGGAUGCAGAUCGAAGAAGAACUGCUGAGUUGAAAAAUAACUUGGAAGGGUAUAUAUAUUCUACUAAAGAAAAGCUUGAGACAUCCGAGGAGCUUGAGAAAGUUUCUACUGCUGAUGAACGGAAAUCCUUCAUUGAAAAACUUGAUGAGGUCCAAGAAUGGCUAUAUACAGAUGGUGAAGAUGCCACUGCAAAAGAGUUUGAGGAACGCCUAGAUUCACUAAAAGCUAUCGGUGACCCAAUAUUUUUCAGGUCUAAAGAACUGUCAGCAAGACCAAAAGCAAUAGAGUUAGCUCGAAAGUACCUCGGCGAGCUGCAACAGAUUGUAAAGGGCUGGGAGACAAAGAAACCUUGGCUUCCAAAGGACAGAGUAGAUGAGGUGGUAAGUGAUGCUGACAAGUCGAAGAGUUGGCUGGAUGAAAAGGAGGUUGAACAGAAGAAGGCUUCAGGAUUCAGCACACCCGUAUUGACAUCUGAAGAAGUAUAUUUGAAGGUGUUUAAUCUGCAAGACAAGGUUGCUAGUGUUAACCGAAUUCCCAAGCCAAAGCCUAAAAUUGAGAAGCUGAAGAAGGAUGAAUCCGAGUCCAGCGGAGAUAACACAAACACCGCCGACUCAACUUCUGGAGAGACUCCUGAAAAGGAGAAACGAACAACAGAUUCAGACAGUCCUGCUGAUGAAAAAAUCAACUCAGAUGGAUCAGCUGAUGAAAAAGUCAACCCAGAACCCGAAGCUCAUGAUGAGUUAUGA